GGAGGUCUUGAGUGUCACAGGCUUUCACAGCCGAGACAAAUCUAGACCGGGGGGCUUGGUGGAGAGUCGGUGGACACCGGUUAACUUAGGGGGGCUUUCAUUCCAGACUGAGCAGUUGGAAUAAAGCGAAAAACAACAGGGAUCCGCUGCUCAUCGGGCUGGCACGAUGGAAAACGUACUGGCAGUUCUUAAUGUGGGCGAUUUUGCCCAGGCUUUCUCUAAAAUGGGAAUGUUCCCCGUCUUUGAUCUUGCGUAUUACAUAGUGUCCAUCCUCUACCUCAAAUAUGAGCCAGGCUCAGUUGAGGUUUCUCGCCGAAGUCCUGUGGCCUCCUGGCUCUGUGCCAUGCUGUAUUGCUUUGGUAGUUACAUCCUGGCAGACAUCUUGCUUGGAAGCAGCCCCAUUGACUAUUUCCAACACAACAGCCACAUCCUGCUGGCCUCAGCUGUCUGGUACCUCAUUUUUUAUUGCCCGUUGAACCUCUUCUAUAAAUGUGUGGCUUUCCUUCCUGUCAAACUGGUGUUGGUUGCCCUGAAGGAGGUUGUUCGGACUCGCAAAAUUGCAGCAGGUGUUCACCACGCCCACCACGCCUACCAUCACGGCUUCUUCAUCAUGGUGAUUGUUGGAUACGUCAAAGGAUCUGGGGUGGCUCUUAUUUCCAAUUUUGAGCAGCUGCUGCGUGGUGUUUGGAGGCCUGAGACCAAUGAGAUCCUCAACAUGUCAUUCCCCACCAAAGCCAGCUUGUAUGGAGCCAUCCUCUUCACCAUGCAGGAGGCUCACUGGCUUCCAGUGUCCAAGAGCACCCUCAUCCUUGUCUUCACCCUUUUCAUGGCUACCAUCAAGGUGGUGAUGACGGCCCGUCAUUCUCACGGUUCCCCCUUCACCCUCAUUGAGUCAUGGAUUUGUCACCUGCUGUUCGGCUCUCCUCUGGCUGGCAGUGAGGAGGACCACCAUCACGCUUCCUCUCCUGCCACCCCGUCUUCACCUCUCAAAACCAAGGAGGAGCUGAGCGAAGGCGCACGGAAGAGGAAAGCCAAGAAAGCAGAGUAGGAAGCUGUGCACAGGCGAAACUGCAUCUGACUCGCCCUCAUGCUGUUCGCAGGAUGAGACCCAUUCUUUUCUGAUGAAAGGGCCCCUUUGAUACUCUGUCAAAAAAACCCUUUCUAUUGGAGCAACAUGGUGCUUUCUGCAUUUUAAAAAGCUGGAGGACUCUGAGGCAAACAUUUCCUACUCUCAACCUGACCUGGACACUUGUAACCAGCAUAUUGAUGUGUUGGUAAACAUGUGUGCUCCAUGCUGUGUGGUCAUCCAAGUUCAGGAACCACACGAUCGCCUUAGGAGGGCCUCUGUUCCACAUCUGUACAUGUGUUACCAGUUAAAGCCAUUUUCUUUUACUCCAUUUAAAAGCACAAUUUAAGUUAAGAGAGAGAUAAAAAAAAUGCAACUUAAUCAGAAAUUAAGUAAAAUGAAGCUUAAUGAACAAAUGAAUGUUGGCUUUCUACACUGAGAAGAAAACUAUUCCUAUCUUUAAAUAAAAAAUUAAAGAAACAUGGUG